ACCAUAGAGUAGCUAACUCUUCUCAUCAUAAAAUGUUGGGAUUCAUCGUGUUCGCAUUGUUCGCUAAUAUUCAAUCGGCACCGGUAGUUGGUCUCAACUACGACAAUAUUCAAUAUCUUCAUAAUCUUAGUCUCACUUAUUCUAACAACUCUUUGGAAGGUCUCGGAGCAAUUGAUAAUUUCACCGACGUGAACUCACAAAUGGCUCAAAGCCUGAAGUCUGCAAUCAACUCGGCUCUGCCAGGAUAUCUUGUGUCAUCCCGUUCUUCAACUCCGCCUGCCUCCUCGGCUUCUUCCUCGGCUUCAUCCAUGACGCCAACUGGAAAUGGAGCACAAGCUUCCACUAUUCCAAUGAAUCAAGGAUCAUCUACUAGUAUGCCAGUCCGUCAAAAAAGACAAGCUGUUUCAACAACAACAACAACUGCAUCUCCAAUGAGCACAUCCUCACCAACUCCAUCCCAACAACCAUCAACCACUCAACCCUACGGAACUGAUGAGGAAUUCUAUGCUCGUACCGAUCUCGUCCACUUCCACGUGGAUAUCAAUGAUCUAGAAGGCUCUGGAACCAUUUAAACGAACAUUUUCUCUCUCUCUCUCUCACACACAUUGCAUCUCAUUUCUGAUAUAAAUACUUAUUUUAUUUGGAAAAUAUAUGAAGAAUACUUUGAAAUUUGAUUUUUUUUUGCGAUAUUCAAUUUGUCAGGAUUUAUUAGGGUGUUCGAUAAGUCUUUUCGUUUUUUCUCAGUUUUGAAUUUUUCUCAAAUAUUUUUUUGUGAUUUCAUAGUAGUUAGUGAGUAAUGAAAAAUUUAUAAA